AUGACUGUUGUGUCCAAGCUUGAUUCUUCUGACAAGGCACGCAAUAUCAUUGCAAGGGAGACCAAUCGCCUCAGAAGUCAGCUUGAGAAAGUGUGCCUCGACAUUCAUUCACAUCCAGAGCUUUGUUAUGAAGAGGAAUUCGCACACGAUACCAUAUGCGACUUCCUCGAGAGGAACGGAUUUACCGUAAAACGUCACGCAUAUGAUAUCUCAACAUGCUUUGAGGCUGAGAUAGGCAACGGCGAGCAUUUCAUUAUAUACUGUGCAGAGUACGAUGCGCUUCCCGGCAUAGGGCAUGCCUGCGGGCAUAAUCUCAUUGCCUUGUCAAGUAUCACCGCGUUUGUCACUGCAGCAAGGGCAGCUGUGGAACUCGGUCUUCUUGGCAGAAUUCGUAUCCUAGGAACGCCCGCUGAAGAAGGAGGAGGCGGCAAGAUCCGACUUCUCGACGCGGGUGCAUUUGAGGGAGCAGCGGCAGCACUCAUGUCCCAUCCGACCAGUAUGGGCCGUAUCAAAGAGGUUGAAGGUUUAGCUGGAGCAGCUGGUCUCGUCACUGUCGCUGCCACAAAGCUCACGGCCAACUUCUUUGGCAAGGCUGCACAUGCUGGUGCCACACCUUGGCAAGGCCAUAAUGCCCUCGAUGCUGCCGUUGGCUCUUAUGUCAGUAUAUCGAUGAUGAGACAGCAAAUUAAGCCGGCGGAACGUAUCUCUGGCAUCAUCACCAAUGGAGGCACUGCCUGCAACAUCAUACCUGAAAAGACGAGCAUGGAGUACAGUAUCCGCAGCAGCACGGCGCACGAGUGUAAUGACCUGAUUCGAAGGGUGACGAAUUGCUUUGAAGCUGCAGCGGCCGCCACUUGCUGCCAAGUUAAGACAGAGACACCAUUUAUAUACAAAGACCAGAUCCUCAACUCGGCGCUUUGCGAGACAUUCACCUAUGAAAUGGCUCUUCUAGGCGAUAGCUUCCUCCCUAUGGCGAAGGAAGCCGUUUCAGCGGCUACUGAUAUGGGUAUGUAA